GCAUUUUGUGUGUGGUGUGUGGUGCUGUGGUGAAAUUUUGUGGAUAAAAUAAAUUCCAUAAUCCUAAUUCUCCUCAGUUGAAUUUGACCUAUUUGCUAAUUUAUUGUUUUCAUAACGUUUUUAUUUAAAAACAAACAAACUAUUGCUGAUAUUUCAAAACGUCUCCAAAUAUCAACAUCAAUAUGAUUAUAGAAAAUAUAGAUUCUCCCAAUGAUAGUAUUUUAAGUUAUUCUAUUGUUAGCAGUGACGAAGAAGAAAACCCUUUGGUUUUAAAGCUCAAAAUAUCCCAAAGCACGAGAAUUCCUGUGGUACGUUUACAAAAACUAGACUUUAACCAAUAUGCUGUUUCCCCGAGAACCUCUACUAGACCUCGCAAAAUGAGGAGCUUCGAAGAUUAUGAAGUGAAUAUUUUAUCUGACACUCAUCCUAAAGCUAAAUCAACUCCUAAAAAAAGAAGCUCUAAUGAGGAAACAGAAAUAAUGGAUGUUGAAAUGAAUAGUCCUAAAAUACAGAGACCUCGAGGAACACCAAAGAAAACAUAUUAUGUUGACAGCGACUCUGAUGAAAAUUUGUACAGUUUAUGUGAGUUAACAAAUAAAAUCAACCUGAAGACUCCCACAAAAAGAUUUUUAUCCAAAAAUGAGGAUACACUUGAUAAUGAAGGAUCUCCAGCAAAAAAAGGGACUCUCGUGAAAACACCUGUUAAAACUACACCUUCGAGAAAAGCUUCUAAGAGAGUUGAUCUUAAUCUUAGUCCAAUGGACGAAAAUCAAGGCAAACGUAGAAUCCAGACCCCACAAAGAUAUUCUGACUACAGUCUACAAAAAUCUGCAAGAAAGAAUUUAAAUGAAUCAUUCAGACGAACAAUAUUGAAGAGCAGACACAAUGAAGAAAAUAUCAAAAAAGACUCUGAUGAUAGCAGCAGAAGACGUACACUGGGACGUGCAAGAACAAGUUAUAAGCAAUUUUAUGAUUCGGAAGAUGACGACGCAGAAGCUUUCGAAGUGGCUCUAAAAAAUAGUAAAAUGGAAAUUUCUAAACCCACUACUAAAAGAGUUUUGAGAUCUAGAAGUAGCUCUAUAGCUUCAAACUAUUCCCCGAGCUGUUCCUUUAGUUCCAUGGACACUGACAAUGAUUCUAUCCCUGGAAAUAAAAGACUAACCAAAUCAAGAACUAAUUCUGAAGUAUUUGUUCACUUGUCUCCAGAAAAGGUAUCAAAAAAAGAAAUUCUAACACCAAAAACCCCUAAAACUCCUAGAACUAGACGUCUAACCACCACUACACCUAAAACUGCUCCAAAAACUCCAAAAAAUCCAUUAAAACUUCUGAGGGAUGGCGUUAUCACUCCUUCGAUGCACUCAAGAUCAAAAAUUAUCCCAAGAGAUAGUACCCCACUAAUGAGAGCCAGAUCACAGCUGCACGUUUCCUAUGUCCCAACCUCAUUACCUUGCAGAGAAAAAGAAUAUUUGGACAUUUAUAAUUUUCUAAGAGGAAAGUUGGAUGAUAGUUGUGGAGGAUGCAUGUACAUCUCUGGUGUACCUGGUACCGGAAAAACGGCAACCGUUACUUCAGUGAUAGAAAGCUUGUUGAGUGACAAAAAAGUUUCAAAAUUCAGUUAUGUCAAUAUUAAUGGUAUGAGACUUACAGAGCCGAGACAGUCAUAUGUUGAAAUCUGGAAGCAAUUGACAGGUAAAAUGGUUCCUUGGGUGCAAGCUCAAAGUUUAUUGGAAGAAAGGUUUACUAAAAAAAAGAACCAAAGUACUGUUGUAAUGCUAAUAGAUGAAUUGGAUAUUCUGUGCACCAAAAGACAGGAUGUUGUGUACAAUCUUUUAGAUUGGCCUACUAAAUCUAAAGAUCAGUUGAUUGUUAUUACUAUUGCCAACACAAUGGAUCUGCCAGAAAGAUUACUCAUGAGCAGAGUUACCAGUCGUUUAGGGUUAACUCGCUUAACAUUCCAAGCUUACACUCAUAAACAGCUAAUGGAAAUUGUUACAAAAAGACUUUCAGGCAUUGAUAGUUUUAAUUCUGAUGCUGUACAGCUAGUUGCCAGAAAAGUAGCCUCAGUAUCAGGCGAUGCAAGGCGUGCCCUUGACAUCUGUAGAAGAGCAGCUGAAUUAGCUGAAGAAGAAGGCAAGGACCAAACGGUCAAUAUCAUGCACAUAAAUGAAGCUCUAAACGCCAUGAUCACUCAGCCUCAAGUAAUGGCUAUGCGCAAGUGUUCACGCUUACAGAAACUUUUGCUUCAAGCAGUAGUUGCUGAAAUUGAAAGGACAGGCGUAGAAGAAACCACAUUUGCUGAAGUUUUCAAAAUGUUGGUGUCUUGUUGUGCUUUGGAUGGUUUUAAAAUGGUUUCAUCUACGAUAGCUCAGCGUGCUCUUAGUCAGCUCAGCGCGUGCAAACUGAUUUUAACUGAUCAGAAGUGCAGCGACAUUUAUCAAAGGAUUAUUUUGAAUGUUAGUGUGCACGAUGUUUAUUUUGCUUUGAAGAAGGAAUAAUAACUGAUUUAAUUUUAAGUUUUGAUAUUAUUAGGUAUGUAGGUUUCAAAGCAAAAAACGUUUUAAAGUUAAGAUCAGUAAACUUAUUAUUGUUAAAUUUUUAUUGUGGUUUUGAGCUAUUAUUAUGUGUUUUUUUGUAAAUUGCCUUAUUUUAGUUUUUGACUAUGGAUUUAUUAUAGAAAUUAUUUUAGAAAUUUUGACUUGCACAGUAAUAAAAUAUUUU